CAAAACCACCGCGUCUUCUUUCCUUCCACCGUCUCUCCAUCCAUCCAUCUAUCCAUCCAUCGCUCCUUCCUUCCCGACCUGCGAUCCAUCCAUCGAUUCGCCCCGUCUCGUCCGAUCGCAUCGACGUUCAGAGCCCAGAGAUCGACGUUCUCAUGCCUCGGGGUCGCGUGAGUAUUGGAAUUCCGGGCCUUUGGAAUUACGAGCACGACCACGAGGCCUCUGAUUCGAAUGGAAGGAGUGAUUCUCGUGCUCGUAGAUUGUGAAUUGGUCGCUCGCUCCACCGGGAGCAGGAGCAGGAGCAGAGGCGGGGGCAGGACGGGAGGUCGGUUGUGGGGGUUUUGAUGGGAGAGAGAGAAAGCGGUGCAGGUUUCCAUCGUUCGGGCUCGGAGUUGGAGUCGGCGGUCGACGUCGGGAAGUUCGGGCCUUGACGGCCUUGGGAUUUGUUUCACAGUCUGUCUGUAUGUGAGCUGAUUUGUGUCGCCUCUGUGGAUCGCCGGAGUCGAGAGAUCGAGGGCCCUUCUGGAAUCGACGUCUGGAUUAGUCUGGAUUGGAGGAAGGACGGCGGGCUUACAGUUGGAACGGAAUUGGCGUGCCGAUGGGGAGAGUUAUGAACUUGAUGUGUGCGAGCGGUUUCGAGGAUGCAACAGCUCGUGUGGGGUUCGCUUGAGGUGCACACUCUGCCACUUCGGCUGCCGAGGUUGAGGUUGGUCUAUCGAGGCGAAAUUGGGAAGAUGUCUGAAUUGCGCGUCGUGAAUUCUCAAGUUUCGACAUGGUGAUUCAGCGGAUCGAGGACACUCGGAGUCACCUUCUUAACGAUUUUGUCUCAGCGUAAGAAGGCGACGGCAGAAGCCCAGAAAUCUCCCCUCAAUUCCAGAAGAUCAAAAGUCGGAGAAAUCAGCCCCAGCAGCUGAUCGCCGAAGACGCAAGCGCCUGCGUGCUGGGCUGGGCCAGAAUAAAAAAACACACGCUCUGCCUCCCUGAUGUGGAAAGUCGAGAGAGGGCAAGCUACAACUGCAGUCCUGCGUUCGGUGAGAGAGAUUCUCUGAACAGGUGGUGGGACAGAUCAGUCCAUUGGCUGCACCUGGGCAAGUUCGCUAUCCUCGUAGGGUUUGAGAUGGCGGAAUGAGCGUUGGACUAAAAGAAUGUCUCGUAUAGAUUCAGCUGCAAGUAUGUUCUUGCGGUCUGGGGGUACUCUUCCAACACCCGCAGUGGAUGCAGGAAAGUCAUCUCCAUGGGGUCAUUCUGUGGUGCACUGCCCCGGCUGCGACUUUGCCGUCUCGGAACAGCACAAUGUGCCCAAUGCGCCCAGCGUGACAAACUGCUCAGACUCAUGGCAUGGAGACGGGAGAGAGUGGAGCUUGCGAGAGAACCCUCAUCUCAAGCAACCGUUUUUCCGGACCAGUGACGGUCCUCAUCCAUCGUCCUCGUUCCUGAUGUCUCUCAACCCUCAAGCCUCGAGCAUCGGGGCAACUCGAAUGCACUCUCUGGCGGAUUGUGGGAUCAAAGCGUUGCAGUUUCUGGGAUCCAUUUCCGGAAGUUUGGAAGGGAGAAUGGGCUCUGGUCAAAAAGGUGUGGAUAUGGAUAAGACUCGGUCUCAGUAUACGCAGGAGCUGAUAAGAGCGUUGCAGAUUGGUGGCAGCCGGACGAAGAUGGAAGCCGCAAUUGCAGUAAGGUCCCUGGCUGCUUCUCAUAACUUCCAUCAAGUUGCAUUGAUCGCUGCCGGAGGUCUUCGACCUCUUGUCGAACUUCUCAGCUAUGAAGCAGGGGAGACCCAUUGGCCUCCCGAAAUGAGAGAAAAGGCCACCAUUACCGUCAGGGCUGAGGCGGCAUUGGCUCUUGCUAGCCUCUCAGUCAGCAAUGAUGAGAAUAAGGAAGCAAUCGGUUCAGCUGGAGCCAUACCUCUGCUGUGUGACUUGAUUCAGUUCGAUGAGGACAAUGACAAUCCAGCCAUGACAAGCUAUCAAAAGCAGGAAAUGGCUCCUUUUCUGAUUCUGGCUAGAGAUGCCGGUGCUGGCGCUCUGUCUUGUCUCGCAAAAAAUGAGGCAAAUAAAGAUGCUAUGAUCGCAGCCAGUGCUGUUCCAGUUCUUGUACGGAUGGUUUACCAAGGGACGAGCUUUGGCAGAGCAGCUGCGGCGAAUGUUCUUGCCAAGCUGGCCACUGGAGAGAAUGUACGGAACAAGGUCAUUGUUGGAAAAGAGGGUGCUAUACCAGCUUUGUUGAAGCUUAUCAAGCAAGGAUCACCGAAAGCUCGGGAAACUGCUGUAGAAGCUCUUGCAAACCUGGCACUGAACGACUGGAAUAAGUCGAAGAUCAUCAAGGAAGGGGGUAUCGACUGCCUCUUGAAGAUGAUGGAAUCAUGUUCACAAGCAGAGAAAGAUGGUGCAACUGCAGCACUGAAAGUCCUCCAGUCACCGAUGGGAUCAGUUCCUAAGGCACAGGUUUUGACUGAUCAAAAGAAUUGGUCUAUAGCUGACAACAGGCAAGACCUUUCAAGGAAGAAACCAUUGAGACGUGAAACUGACUCGAGUACCUGUCCUCAGCAGAAGAAAUAUAUCAGAGAUGCCUCAGGCGAAGCUCGAUACAGCAGAGAAGUAUCAGCUUCCCAGCGUCAAGGAAUCAUGUCCAUGUUGAACACAAACUUGAGUGACCUCAGUUCUCCCUUAGCGACGAUACAAACCGUUUUCACGUCGGAAUUAACCUCGUCACUUGCCCCACCUCUAGUCGGCCAACCUUCUAUUCAAGCAGAUUCUGUUGUAGGUUAUUCCAAAGGGACAUCCUAUAUGACGCAGGGCAGGAAAAGGAUGAAAUUAUCUCAUCCAGCUUACAACAUUCGUGGCCCUCAAUGUAUGAAGGUGCCACGAGCAGCGGAUGAGGCUGCCGGAGCCGGCACCCAGGUACUUUAUCAAGGAGAUCUCUUACCGGGCGCACAUAGUGAGGACAGACGAUUUAGUUUUCAGCCUGGUUGGGGUAGAGUUGGACCAAGUUCAUACCAGGCCCAAGGAUUUCAGACUGCUGGUUGUACCCACGGGGAGACAGCAGAACCAAGAGAGAGAGUAAGACAAGCUGCGGAAGGUGGUGACAUCCAACCUAUUUCUGGCGGCAUAGCUGCAAUAGUAAAUGCACUUUCCUCUCAGAAUCCAGGUGCGCAAGAGUUUUCAGCUUUGGCUCUGAUGCUUCUAGCCUCUCAAGGUGGCCAUGAAGUCAAAACGGCAAUAGCUGAUGCAGGUGCUCUAUCACCUUUAGUCUCAAUGGUGAGCUCUUCUGCUUCUCCCAUGAUUCGUGAGUCUGCUGCAGCUGCCAUAGCAAAGCUAGUGUCAUGUCAUCCGGUAAACCGAGUGGCACUCGUACGUGCCGGUGGUAUAAGAGCUUUGGUUGAGAUGGCCAAGUGGUCAGCGAGGCCGAUGGAUGGGCUGAGUGGAGGAGGUUCAAUGGGAGCAAGAACUCUAGCUGCCUCAAUAGUGGCUAUUUUGAGUGUAUCAGAGGUACUAGACAGGCCAACCAUGCAGCUGGGUUUGAGGGAAGCAUUGCCAGCCCUUGCGCACUUACUGGAAAGUGAUGAUAUUGAGGAGAUAAAAGCUGGAAUUGGUGGCCUUCAGGCUAUAGCUUCGUCUCUGGGUGUUGUAGUGGCAGAUCCGGCCGUACCGGAAAGGGAUGUGCAGAACGAGGUCAUUCAAACUCGUCAGAGUGAAAGUAUACCCAUAGAGUUGGUUACGUCUUUACUGGACCUCAUGCGGGGCAGUAAUUAUGAAGCAAAGGAAGGUGCUAUUGAGUCCUUGGGCAGCUUCAGGAAAGCCAAGAGUUCUCCAGGUUUUGUGGUGGACGUAAGGAAACCUGGAGAUAAAGAUGAGAUUAUUGCUCUCAGGAAAGAGGGUGUGGAAAUCCUUCUAUUGCUCCUUGCAAGAGGUCCGACUACAGCUGGUGUCCGGGAGAUUAUUGCCGGAACAUUUGCAUGCGUUGUUACAAGCGAAAGGCUACACAACCAUCUGCUGGAGUCUUCUGUAAUUCCUCAUCUUAUGAGGCUUCUUCAGGAGGGUCCUACUAUAGCAACAACAAUCUUGGCAGCCUCUGCUAUGGCAAAUUUUGGGGCAAAGAAAAAAUGUCUGGAGACUAUCUCAGUCGAGGACAUGCCGCUACUUCUUCGACUUUUGACCAAUGAUUUUGAAGGUUUGGAUGGGUCUAGAACUCAUGGAACAGGAUCCCAGUGUCCUUUAUCACGUGGAGACAGCCAGUUGCAAAACAGUAAUUACUGUUCGAAUACAAACUGCUCACCUUCGUUGCUGCUUCGAGAACAUGCGGCGGCCAUUUUGGUGUACACUGCUCUGUCGGGAGAGGUAAAGAAGCAGUCUCUCAUAGCAGCUGGAGCUGCUCCUAUAUUUGUUCAACUUCUGCAGAACUGCGUGGCAGCUGCCGAGAUGUGUAUGCUCUCUUCCAUUGGGCAUGCUGGCUUCUUGCAGUCAGUGACAAACACGAGGCAGCUCAAUAGUCUCUUGCCUCAAGCUACAGAAGAGUUUGCUAUCAUGGGCCUCAUUCUCCUGGCAGACAAGAGCGUUGAAACAAUGUUAAAGAUAGUCGAAGCUGGUGGGAUUCCAACUCUUGUGAAGCUUUUGUCCAUGACUGGUGGUCGCGGGAGACUGGGAGCAAGCUGGAGUGAGAUGGCCGCAGCAGCCCUUCUGACCUUGGCCGGAUGUGAAACUGCAAGAGAAGAGAUUAUCCGCAUUGGAGGAAUUACGUCUUUGGUUCAAGUCCUGAAAGGUGAGGGUGGAGCAUCAACGUUUUCCUUGACAGGCCUCGCGGCUAUGGCACAGCUUCUAGGGGUAUUGGCUCAAAACAGUUCAGAAGCUAAGCUUCAGAUGGCCAAAGUCGGGGCUGUGAGGUGCUUGGUUGAGAUCCUAGUAGGAGGAGGUUAUCGCGCGUGGGCUGGAGAUGGGGAUGGCUGCUUGAGGGAAGGUCCUGGCUUAGUUGCUCUCGCACAGGAAGCAGCAGCCGCAGCUCUGGCUACUGUUGUGCUCCAUUGUCCAGGCAAUGCAGAAGCAGCCGUCGAAGCAGGAGCAAUUGGACCUCUGGUGAGACUUCUAGGGACUUCGUCUGCAAGAUGUCCACCAGGGGCACCGGCAGAAGCGCAACCUGUUGUAGAGACAGAAAGCGGCGCAAGCUCCGCUGAAACUGGAGUUACUAUAGAUGGCUCUGCCGGUAAAGGACUCUUAAGCACCAGGAACUCAAGCAGCAUAGUUUCAGAAGAAGACAAUGAAGAUGUGAAUGCGGGUGGACCACUUGCAGCGAUGGCCGCCCUUGGAAAUAUGGUAUCUUGCUAUCCGCAGUGUGGACGGGAGAUUGUGGAUGCUGGAGGCUUGACAAGAUUGCUGAAUUUGCUGCAAGUCAAGCCAGUUUCUCAUCUCAAGGAGACGCAUUUGAACAGAGAUGUCGCCUCUAUACACAACACCUAUUCAAAGGUGCAGGAAGGGGCUGCAUUGGUUCUUGGGUUGCUUGCAGAAGGAGAUGCAGACGUGCAGGAAGCAAUAGGUUGUGCUAGUGUGAUUCCAACCUUGGUGGACUUUUCUACAGUCUCUAAGUACAAUCUCUCCACUGCAAGUAACACAGGGCAAUCUGAAAAUAUGAACGAGUCGAAUAAUCAGGAAACGAAAGAAGAUGGUCUCCCAUGCCCGGAGCUUCAGAGGACGGAGAUUGUUAGGUGAUUGGUGCAUAUCAAUAAGAAAAAUUGAAUGGCCUGAAGGAGGUCUCCUCUACACCAGUGUCAAGACAUGCAACGGUCCCGGAUGGGCCGAAAAUGGUCAGGGUGUCCACUGCUAAGAUGCUCUGUAACGUUGUUGGGCGAGAUUCGUCAAUGUUCAAGUGAUAAUUUAUACUUCGGCAGUAAAAGUGCAAAAGAAGUGCGUGAUGAUUUAUAACGCUAACAAUUUGGCCUCCGGCCAAAGAUGAAGUGAUAACGAAAUGUCACCGAGCGGAGAGAAAGUUCAACUGCAUUAUGAGGAGAGAAAUAAACAGACCUGGCUUUUACUUAUCGGUAUCGUUUCACGUGUGCUGACAACCAUGUAUCCUACUAUUACAAGAAUUAUUGCUGUGGACGAGAUCCUGCGAAUCUUCAAGCAUGAUGCUAAAAGCUUAAACAAAUCUCCUGGUCGUGUUUCUUUUCCUCUGCUGUUGGAUAGACGAGCCUACACAUGCGAUUCUCGAGCACUGUCCAGUGAGCUGUCAGCUUGGGCCAGAAUGUGGACCUACGGAGUCGAGUGUUCAUAAACAAAGCCAAGCGUAGUCUCGAGAAUUCAUGUCGAGUUUGCAUAUGUCGAAAGCGACAUAACACAUUGGCGGUGAUUUUCUUUUGUACUGUCACGAGUCUGGCAGUCGGUCUUGAUCACGUGGGAUGCAAGUCAAAACUCCUCUUGUGCUGUGAUAUCGAGUCAAGUUCAACUCCAUUGAACUGGACUCGUGGGUUCUAUGGGCAUAUUUCAGCAAAAUUCCGUCCGGCCUUAAGCUUAAUCUGCAUACAAUGCACCGCAAUGAGUUCGAGAUAUCGCUCACGUGCUUCAUCUUUGUUGGUCUGAGCCCUUCAUGGGCCUAACCUCAAGGUCAAUCGACCUUACAAAAUACUGUUCAAUGCCACCGAAUGAACUCACGAAAG